UUAAAUGCGAUAGAACAAAGUCAUUCGUCUUCUUAUUCUCGUCCUCGGUUACUUCCACCUACUCCCACGACAAUCUGUCUAAGCAACAGCGACAACGACGAACCAACGACAUGAACGAGGUGUGCGUGAAUCCCCCACCUUUUUCGCUACGGAUGACCUCCUCGUGGUCGCGUUCGAACAGCUUCGCAGGGAUAAAUGUACACUUGGCGUCGUCCACGAGGCUUUUAGCGUCGGCAGAACAAGACCGUCGCUCGUGUUAGUCGUGCUCGAUUGGUGGAACGGAAUUACGUACGACGACGAGGAGUUUUGUUACGUGUACCCUAUCGAUUAUUAGUAAAUGAUCAUUAUCAAGGAUUGAAAGGAUUUUCAACUUUCAUGAAGUUCGCCUUCAGUGGAACCAGCGGGAUGUUGGACCGCGUCAGCAGCAGCUUCGUAAGAUGGACAGUGCUUUUACUCUGUCUAUUAUCGGCAAUUUCCGGUCAAUUGGACCUACCGCCCUACAGAGACGAAGAUGCUGCCCAACAACUACCACCCAAUGAAAUAAAUUACCAGAACAUCCUAGCUAGAUUAGAUUUUCUAGGCGCAGAAAGAUGUAGCGCUAAUGUAAUAGCUCAAUGGGCAUACGAAACUAAUGUCAACGAAUACACGCAGCUACAAGCGCUGGAUGCCCAACGCUUAUACGCGGAUUUCCAAUACCAAGCAUGGCUUUUAAUCUCGAGAAUCGACAUAAAUUCUAUUCGGGACCCCAUCAUCAGGCGACGACUCCGUUAUUUGUCCGUGGUGGGUCCUUCGGCACUACCACCUGAUCAACUGGACAGGUAUAAUCGCUUAAUCAACGACAUGCUUGCGAUUUAUAACGCAGCGACCAUAUGCGCUUACAACGAUCCGUUCCGGUGUGGACUGCGUUUAUAUCCAGAUAUAUCGCAAAUCAUGGCGAAAAGUCGGGACUGGGACGAAUUGCAGUACGUCUGGACCGAAUGGAGAAGACGAAGUGGCAGACCGAUUAGGGAUCUAUAUCAUCAACUUAUUGCGCUGACCAAUGAUGCUGCAAGAAUGAAUAACUUUACUGAUGCCGCCGAAUAUUGGAUGUUCCCUUACGAAUCUCCUAAUUUCCAACAAGACAUUGAUGAAGCUUGGGAAACGAUACGUCCUCUUUAUGAAGAAUUACAUGCUUAUAUUCGCAGAAGGCUGAGAGAUCUCUACGGUCCUGAAAAAAUUGGCGCACACACGCCUCUUCCGUCUCACAUUCUCGGUAAAAAUAACGUCGACGUUACAAUUAAUUACUUACAUGGAAAGAACAAUUUUGAAGUAGAUCUGAAAAUUAAACUAGAGGGCUACACUCCUAUUGACAUGAUUCGAGUGGCCGAGGAAUUCUAUCUGUCCUUGAAUUUGAGCGCAAUGCCACCGGAAUUUUGGGCCGGAAGUGUAUUCGCCGAUCCUGGCGACCGUCCAUUAAUUUGUCAGGCGUCUGCAUGGGAUUUUUGUAAUCGGAUAGAUUACAGAAUCAAAAUGUGUACAAAAGUGACGAUGAAGGAUUUAAUAACUUUGCAUCACGAAAUGGCACACAUUCAGUAUUUUUUGAGAUACAGUGGUCUACCUCGAGAAUUUCGUGACGGCGCUAAUCCAGGAUUCCACGAGGCGGUCGGCGAAGCCGUCGCCUUGAGCGUCACGACGCCACAGCAUCUGCAAACUCUGGGCCUGGCGAACACGUUCAUCGAUGAACGCUCGGCAGACAUAAACUACCUCUUCGCCCUGGCGAUGGAUAAACUAGUGCUGCUACCCUUCAGCAUCGCGAUGGAUAGGUGGCGAUGGGACGUCUUCCGCGGCUACGUCAAUAAAGAGGAGUACAAUUGUCAUUGGCACAGAUUGAAGGAGCAAUACACGGGCACGAAACCACCAGUUCUGCGAUCCGAGGACGAUUUCGAUCCAGGAGCGAAGUAUCACAUCCCGGCCAAUAUUCCCUACAUACGGAAUUUUGUGGCUGGGGUCCUGCAAUUCCAAUUGUAUCGAGCAUUAUGCCAGGCUGCGGGUCAAAGAUCCGAAAUCGACAAUCCGAGGAGGCCGCUGCACAGAUGUGACUUUUAUAGAAAGCCCGAGGCCGGCAGGAUCUUGGGGAGAUUGAUGGAGAGGGGCUCAUCCAUCCCGUGGCGGGAUACGUUGGGAGAAGCUAUCGGCGAGUCCAGAUUAGACGGAUCCGCUCUUAGGGAGUACUUCCGGCCAUUAGAGGACUGGUUGAGGACCGAAAAUUUGAGGACGGGCGAAGUAGUCGGCUGGUCAUACGACGGAGACUUUUGCAAGAGGAGCAUAGAGACUGCGGGCUUGCAGGUUUACGGUAGUGGCUUCUACAACAGCGGCACAUCCAUCUCCGUGUCUUGGAUCGUUACGGGAAUCAUGAUGGUUCUUUGGAUUGUAUCAACACUUUAUUGAACACAACGACUCAACGAGUAGUUGAUUCAUCAUCGAGCACUGAUGAUAAUAAAUUAAAGGAAGCACCGUUAAUUUGCCAAAAUAUAUCAAAUCAUAUUCCUGUAAGAUCACUGGAUAAAUCUGAAUGAAUAAUAAUAGUUAAAUUACUAAUUCGAAUGUACCAUCCAGGUUGAUUGACGGUAAAAUAACGAUCGUUACUGCCAAAUAAUACAAAUAUACUAAAGUACACUCUUGUCAAGCGUCAAGCUGCAUGCUUUACGCGAUGUAAAAAGAUCGCGCUGUCAAUUUAUAAACUUGUUAUUACAUAGAUCUGUAUAAUUGCAAUACUAUUAAUAUUAUAUGUUUACGCUAUAUAUUAUAUUAUACGAUAUGUCAUGCUAUAAUGUUAUAUACGUGGUAUUACGAUUAAGAAUAUAAAGCGUGCCUGAAAACGUCGUAUGUGUUGUGCGUGGGUGUAAAUGCAUAAAUCAUUUCAUAUACUUGAACGGCUCGUGAUUCACGUCCUGUAACUAUCAACUUCACUAUUGAUUGAUCAAAUAAAAAUUAUAUCUAUUGUUGUAAAAAAAAAACUCCAGAAUUUUCUGCACCGAGGUGCUUGUUAUGUCAUUCUUACAAACAGUUUUAUUUUCUAGACAUCUGGCUCUGUACGCUCCAAUUUUUUUAACAGGAUUGCAAAAUCGAGGCAUAGCACUGUCUAGUAUUUUACGAAGUAACUUUUUAAUGUUACUUUUUAAUCGUUCAAGUGAAUCAAAUUAUUCUUUUCGAUUCGCAACUAUCACACAAAAAGAGUUCGUUAAACAACACUUUACUUUUACGUUGAUGUAUAUGGAAGAGAAGAAGUAUAAAUUUUAUGUUUAAGAAAGAAAGAGGAUUUCCUUCGAUUGGAAUAUGCAUAAAAACUGUUCGACGACAAAAGCCACAUCAAACUGCUCCCUUAUCUUGCGUAAUCGAAAGCCGGCGAAAUCGUACCAGGUGAAAUCGUACUUUUGUUGUCAAAUUACGGUAAACUCAAUCAGACUACCUCUUAUCCCUCGCCACGUUAUUGCACCUUUAAUCGCCGCCAUUAGAUCGGAUAUUCAUCUUAACUACCAUUUCUCGCAUAUCAUGCGCAUUUCUUUUGCUUCGGUAUUAACUUGAAUGCGAAUAAUAAUUUCCGAAACAAUUUUUGAUAUAAAUGGCGUACGUAGAUUUAAUUACACGUCAAUUCGCUUUUAAUUGCAUUCUUUUAAAUUCAGUGAUUAACAACUCACGAUAUGCCUGGAAACUAAAAA